GGGGAUAACACACACACGCGCACACACGCACGCGCGUGCACACGCGUUCGGAAGAGUGGGCUUUUCUCGGAUCCGGAUGAGGGGCGCCGACCCACGCACAAAUGGAUCUGGGGGAGUAUUUAACACCAAAUAUGGAGACUAAAGGCUGACAAAGCGACGGCUGCAUGCUAUUGCAUGGUGCUGUGGGAAGUCCAACAUUCAAGGGACAGCGUCCCUCCUCUAUCCCAACCUUCAACCUUUCCCCCCGUCCUCACCCUCCGCUCAUGCCUGCCACCCACAGAAUGGCUUCACCGUAGAAACAUCCUUCUCUGCGUUCUGAUCACUUACCAUACAGAUUGGGACUUUUUGACUAAAGAACACAUAUAAAGAAGAAGCGCUGGAGGGAAGGCUAAUAAGAUGAUUAAAGAAUGAGUUAUAUUUUUCCAAAAAGGUUUAUAUUUUGAGCAUCAAACUGUUAUCGUACGUACAAUCUCCUAAAUAUCCAAUUUUUGUUUUUUUGUGCAAUUUUUUGACACACGCUUACCGGUCUCAUGAUGAUGUGCGAGGUGAUGCCCACCAUUUCUGAGGAUGGGCGAAGCGGCACAGGUGGGGGCUCCUCCUCGCCUGCAGGGGCUGGAGUGGGAGGCCCCGGUGGGGCCAUGGGUGGAGGAGGUGUAGGAGGAGGAGGUGGAGGAGGAGCAGGCUUUGGUGGCAGGGAGCUCCGAGGCGGAGGAGAUGAAGGAGGCAGCACGGGGAACCUGGAGUCCCUGAUGGUCAACAUGCUGACAGAGAGGGAGAGGCUGCUGGAGAACCUGAGGGAGACGCAGGACAGCCUGGGAACGGCGCAGCUACGCCUCAGAGAGCUCAGCCAUGAGAAAGAGUCCCUUUCGAGGCAGCUCUCUAUUGCCCUGCCACAGGAGUUUGCUGUGUUGACUAAAGAGCUGAACGUUUGCCGGGAGCAGCUACUGGAGAGGGAGGAGGAGAUUGCUGAGCUCAAGGCGGAGAGAAACAACACGCGGUUGUUGCUGGAACACCUGGAGUGUCUGGUGUCUCGUCACGAGCGCAGUCUGAGGAUGACGGUGGUCAAGAGGCAAGCCCAGUCCCCAGCGGGGGUCUCCAGUGAGGUGGAAGUCCUCAAGGCCCUGAAGUCUCUCUUUGAGCACCACAAAGCUCUGGAUGAGAAGGUUCGAGAGCGUCUCCGAGUGGCCCUAGAGAGGGUGUCAAUGUUGGAGGAUCAACUUGCAGCAUCUUCUCAAGAGGUCAUCUCUUUACGAGACCAAAUUAAAAGGCGUCAACAAGGAGUGGACAGCGGGAAAGAUCGACUUCCCAAUGGCCCUGCCUCUGGCCUGGAGGACAGCGAGCUGGAAAGACAGCGGGAAGGAGAGAUAGAGCGACAGAGAGCUGAACUCUCCCAGCUGAGGGAGAGGCUGGCCCUCAUGUGCCGGCAGGUCAGUGAAAUUGAGGAACAGCUUGCGGCCGCCAGGAGGGAGGUGACGAAGUCGGAGGAAGCCAAUCAGAAGCUGCAACGGGAAGUGAAAGAGGCCCUUUGCCAAAGGGAGGACAUGGAAGAAAGGAUUACAACCCUGGAACGCAGGUACCUUAGCGCCCAGCGGGAGGCCACUUCCCUCCAUGAUAUCAAGGACAAGCUGGAAAAUGAGCUUGCCAGCAAAGAGUCGCUCCAUAGGCAGAGCGAAGAAAAGAACCGACAACUGCAGGAGCGCCUGGAUGAAGCCAAACAGAAGCUCCAGCAAACCCUGCAGAGAGCAGAGACGCUCCCUGAGAUCGAGGCGCAACUGGCGCAAAGGGUUGCGGCUCUCAACAAGGCCGAAGAGCGCCAUGGCAACUUUGAGGAACGACUUCGGCAAAUGGAAGCUCAACUAGAAGAGAAGAACCAGGAGCUACAGAGGGCAAGGCAAAGAGAGAAAAUGAAUGAUGAACACAACAAACGACUGUCAGAUACUGUGGACAAACUUCUAUCCGAGUCCAACGAGAGACUUCAACUGCAUCUUAAAGAGAGGAUGGCAGCACUGGAAGAGAAGAAUGCUCUCUCGGAAGAACUGUCCAAUAUGAAGAAAAUCCAGGAUGACCUUCUUGCUAACAAGGAGCAGCUCAUUGCCGAGCUGGAACGCAUCCAACUGGAGCUGGACCAGCUAAGGGGCAGGCCUGGCUCAUCUUAUUCCAGGACAGGCAGCGUGAGCUCUCUCCCUUCUACCCUGUUUCGAAGAUCUCUUCCUGGCAGCGCCUCAGAGUUGCGGUAUCCCCAAGGUGGGGGCUCCCUCCCAGCUGGCUACAGCAACUCCUCUGGUGGGGUGGUGGUCAGGCGCACUCACCGCGGCCGCUGGGGGCAAGCUAGGGACGAUUGUAACAAGUAUGGUGAGUGGGACAGUGGCACCAUUAUGGGUCCAGGUUAUGAAAGUGGUGUGGAAGGAGGAUGCUCUGAUGAUGAAGACGACAGGGAGACGCUGUUUGGCUCUGAACUGCUAUCUCCUAGCGGCCAGACAGAUGUACAAACAUUAGCCAUUAUGCUACAGGAGCAACUAGAGGCCAUCAACAAGGAGAUAAAGCUCAUCCAGGAGGAAAAGGAGAGCACCGAGUUGAGGGCGGAGGAGAUCGAGAGUCGGGUCAGUAGCGUGGCCCUUGACGCGUCCUCCAUUCCGCCCUCUUCCCUAGGAGGACGAGACAGCGUUGGUAGGGGCUACAUGACUCCCUCUAUCACCUCCUCCACAUUGGCAUCGCCCUCGCCUCCUAGUUCUGGACACUCUACCCCCCGCCUUCCACAUUCUCCUGCCAGGGAAAAUGAAAGACAGAAUAUCAAAGAUGGUGAAGAAUGCAGAGCACUUGCUUUGAUUGAUUCUAACCCUCCAUCAGUCCCUCGAGCCUUACGAUUGGACCGGAUGACCCACACUCACCCAGGAGCAGGACUGGAUGACCACAGAGAAUUUCGCAGUCUGUCCGCUGACGGUGCCACCACCGCAAGCCAGGAUUCUCUCCACAAAGCCAGCAAGAAGAAAAGCAUUAAGUCAUCCAUUGGUCGUCUCUUUGGGAAAAAAGAAAAGGGGAGGAUUGGCACACCUGGACGCGAGUCUACCUCUUUGGCCUCAACGCCCUCAGAUGACCUUGGCCCGGCGGACCCGUUGGGGCUAGCUAAACUGGGGACAGGAACAGUGGAAAAAGACCGCAGAAGCAAAAAAAAGCAUGACCUGCUAGAGGAAGCUUGUCGUCAGGGUUUGCCUUUUGCCUCAUGGGAUGGACCAACAGUUGUUACAUGGUUGGAGUUGUGGGUAGGGAUGCCCGCGUGGUAUGUGGCAGCGUGUCGCGCCAACGUGAAGAGCGGCGCCAUUAUGGCCAACCUUUCGGACACUGAGAUCCAGAGAGAGAUAGGCAUCAGCAACCCUCUCCACAGGCUCAAACUCCGUUUGGCUAUCCAAGAAAUGGUUUCCCUCACCAGCCCCUCGGCGCCCGCAAGCACACGCUCGUCGACCAGCAAUAUUUGGAUGACACAUGCUGAGAUGGAAUCACUCGCUGCUGCCACCAAGCCAGAGCAGAAAGAGUUCAGCUGGGAUCAAAUACUGGCCUAUGGCGACAUGAACCACGAGUGGGUGGGAAAUGAGUGGUUGCCCAGUCUAGGUUUGCCUCAGUAUCGCUCCUACUUCAUGGAGUCUCUGGUAGAUGCCCGAAUGCUCGACCACCUCACUAAGAAAGAGCUAAGAGGCCAGCUGAAGAUGGUGGACAGUUUCCACAGGGUGAGUCUUCACUAUGGCAUCAUGUGCCUGAAGCGCUUGAACUAUGACAGGAAGGAGCUGGAGAGGAGGAGAGAAGAGAGUCAGCAUCAGAACCAAGAUGUGAUGGUGUGGUCCAACGAGCGUGUGAUGUGUUGGGUGCAAGCCAUUGGUCUCAAAGAGUUUGCAGACAACCUGUUAGAAAGUGGAGUCCACGGCGCCCUGCUGGCGCUCGAUGACACCUUUGACUACACUGAUCUGGCUCUUCUUCUCCAGAUCCCCAAUCAGAACACACAGGCAAGGCAGCUCUUAGAGAAGGAGUACAAUGCUCUUAUCUCCAUGGGAACAGAGAGGAGGCCAGAUGAGGACGGCACCAAAACGUUCACACGGUCACCCUCAUGGAGGAAGAUGUUCCGGGAGAAGGACCUUCGCGGCAUGACUGCCGACUCUUCGGAAACAUUGCCUGCCAACUUCCGUGCCUCGGCCAUCUCUACCCCUUCUGUCACCCUGAGAAAAGUGCAGAGCGAAGUGAACUCGGGUCCAAGAGGAGAGUCGGCGUCAGUGAGAACAUAUUCCUGCUAAGACAAAAGCACAUCAGACCUCCAUCACCAACCUAAUACACACAAGAGAAUCCCAGGAAGUGAUAAACAACAUUCGGGAAGAUUUACAGACUCUGAGUGAAUGAGGUCAAAUAAUAUUAUAAUGAAUGGAUGCCUUUUUGAAAAAAAAAUCAUCUCUCUUUGUCUUUAUCUCUCAAUCCAUUGUUGUGGCAUGAUGCUGUUUGAUUCUGUAGAAAGUGACCAAUCGUGAAUACAUUUUCUGUUUCUGAGUGUGCAACGGCAAUACUGACAUAUUGAAUUUAUAGUACUCACCGGCUCCUGUUUGGAUUUUGGAACAAUGCUCACUCACAUCCUUUCAGGUGAAUUGGAUACUAAUUUUAAUAAGUGAUAACAUCUUCUUAGUAACAUCUCAGUUCAGGACAUUUGUUGGUGUUCACAGGGGAGGUCAAAAGUAUGUUCUGAAGCCAUAAAAUAAAUGCAAGAUGCACAAAUGUGAACAAUCCCGUUGAAACGCGGAAAAUAAGAGAGAACGCAUUUGUGUUCAUUUGCAUGCCAAAAUCGACCAUUUUAGAGUGACGUCAAGAUGUGGAAGUUUGAGUGUGAGGACUUUGUAAAAUGUGUGUAUUUUUAUUUUGUAUAAUUUUUUUAAUUGACAAUUGCUAUUGUAUGUAUGUACAGUAUGUACGCGUGUAAACUAUAUGUUCAUUUCAUACUUAGUUUGAAGACCAAUGAGUAUUUCAUUUUAGCUUAACAAAAAGAACUGUUUUAAAUGAUGGGCAGUGAAGAUAUGCUAAUUGUGUGUGUAAAUUUGGGGGGACUAAUUGUCUUAUGGGUUAUUAAGUUCAUAUUAUUGGAGAGUAGUGAUGAUAAUUGGAUAUAAUAUGAUAACAAUAAUGAUCAUGAUUGUAAAAGCUGUAAUUAAAAAAAACAUACCUGUA